GCCAUGGCAUACGGAUCUUAGCAAUAAAUACUGAAGCCUGUCAACAAAUAUUCAAUAAUGAAGUUAUGCAAAUACAUUUAAUAAAGUUAGGCUUUUUGGUGGACAAAUUGUUGAAUGGUCUCGUAAUAUCAAUUGCUUGAAUGCUCAUGUUGUUGCGACAGAUUUUCAUCUGUCCAAAGAUUUAUUGGUACUCCUACCUCACGAGCGUAUUCGGCAUACACGGACACAGGGUCGGCGAACCCUGCAAUAUCUGGCAUUGUGUCGAAGGUGGAAAAUUCUGAAAAAAAUGCAAUUUAUGACGAAUUCAGGAUUAUAAAUUCAUAUAUCGGCAUCAUCAAUUUUCGUAUUCGACUCAGAGUAUGACUUCGAAACGAGUAGUAACGCCGGCCCUGGUAAUAAUUUGCGUAACGGCUAACGGGUUAACGCGCCACGGGGGGGAAGCGGCUUGUUGACAUAACGCCUGUCGCUAAUCACCUGUGUGCGGUGCGAUGUGCGAUUUGCCAUUAAUGGACUUCAAUUUCAAACUGACAUUUGUGAAAAAUGGAGUCACCAUGGGAAGAAUUUUAUGCGUCUCAUCUACCACCGACUGAUUUCGAAGAUAACAGAUCGUUGCUGAAGGAAUUUUGCGAAAGACACAAUAAACUAAGACAGAAUAUCGUUCUAAUUACCAGCGGUGGUACGACGGUGCCUCUAGAACAUAACACAGUCAGAUUUGUAGAUAAUUUUAGCGCAGGGACCAGAGGCUCAGCCUCAGCAGAAUACUUUUUAGAUCAUAACUAUGCUGUGAUAUUUAUGUAUCGAGUGAAAUCCUUGGAACCAUUUAUUAGACAUUUUACGGGACAAAAGUUUAUGGAUAUGCUUGAUUUACAAGAUAAUGGUGAUAGUACUAAAAUAUCAGUCAAACCCGACAGUGUGGAUGUGCUGGCACCAGUUUUGGCAAGAUAUCGAUUAGCUCAUGAUGCAGGCCGUUUAUUGUAUGUAAGCUUCACCACUGUAUCUGACUAUUUAUGGCUGCUACGAGCUGCUUGUGAAUGUUUAGCCCCUUGUGGUAAUCGAGCUGUUUUGUAUUUAGCAGCAGCAGUGUCUGAUUUUUAUAUACCAUCUGAUAAAAUGCCUACACAUAAAAUACAAUCGGGUGGAGGUGCUCCUACAAUAUCAUUGCAACUAGUGCCUAAGAUGCUGGAGCCACUUGUAUCUUUGUGGGUUCCACAUGCUUUUGUUGUCUCAUUUAAAUUGGAAACUGAUGAGAGUCUAUUGAUAUCCAAGUCAAGAGAGUCACUGAGGAAAUAUAAGCAUAAAUUGGUAAUUGCAAAUAUUUUACAAACAAGGAAACAUCGAGUUGUGUUUGUUACCAAAGACUCUAACUAUGAGGUUUUACUCACUCGAGAACAAAUUUUGUCGGGUUUGGAAAUUGAAAAUGUAAUUGUUGCUGAUGUUGUUCAGCAACACUACAAUUUUAUAUUAUAGAUAAUAGGAACUUUUUAUUGUAUUGAAAUUUUAGAAUAAUUGUAAAAUAUAGAAGAAUAUUUAUACUUACAUAAUGAUCACAGCUGUAUUGUACAGCAAAUAUUUUAUAUAAUUUCAUCAAAA